AUGGCAACACCUUCCGAUAGCUCUGCAUCAUCAGAAGAACGUCAAAAGCAACUCAACUGUGACCGCCAGAAACGUUUUAAAAAUAAGAAUAAGGAAACUACCUCACACCUAUCCAUUAAUGUUUCCAAAGACCUUCAACACUUACUUAACACCGAAGUCCCUACAGUUGUAGUCGAACCUCCUGCUAUUAAUACUGAUACUGCUUCUGCACCAUCAGAAGAACAUCGAAAACAACUCAACCGUGAGCAUCAGAAAUGUUUUAGAGAUAAGAAUAAGGAAACUACCUCACACCUAUACAUUAAUGUUUCUGAAGAACUUCGACACUUACUUAACACCGAAGUUCCUACGGUUGUAGUUGAACCUCCUGCUAUUGAUACAGAUUCUGAUUCUGACGACCUCUCACCUAUACUUACCACCGAAGUCCUUACGGUUUUAAUUGAACCUCCUAUAAUUGGUACUGAUCUUGAGUUAACUAAUACCCAAAGUAAUCCGAAACCUCGCCGCGGUAAAACUGUACGUCAUGAUAUGGAAAAAGAUCAAAAUAGUGGAUAUGCUGCACUGAGAUUUCCCCUUUGCUGUGCCAACGGCAAAAUACAAUUACUACCUUUAUUUGAACCCCCACCCUAUCUACUGCAUCUUUAUACUUCAACUAAUCCUAAUGCAGUUGGCUUUC